AUGACGUCGCUCGGACGCUCACAAAACCAACAACUUGCGGAUCUACGAAAAGUACUGAAAGGGGAGGCCAGGUCUUUCAUUGAUCAACUCCCACACGACGGCCGAAGCUUAGAGACGGCGAUCGAAAUCCUUAAGAACAUAUACGAUCGACCAGAGCUUCACGUACAAGAAAUACUGAAAACCCUUUUCGACAUGCCAAGGACCACGAGUGAGGUUUCGUCAUUAAAGGCCUUCCUUGCCUCGUCUAGGGGAUGUCUACAACGGCUUUCUGCUUUAGACAUCUCUGGAGAACAACUGGCAAACAUUCUUUUUCUUUCUCUUUGUGAGAGGACAUUUUCAACUGAUAUCCAAAAGGCCUGGAUUGGCGAGAAGAGGACGACUUCUAAGAGCAAGAAAUCACGCGCUGCCACUCCAGCGGAUUUAUUUGAGUUCAUCGAGGAUAAACUCGCCCAGUCAUUGCAGUUGUCUUCAACCGACAAAUCAACCCUCAAAAAGGAUUUUUCCCUGCCCGCGUCCUUCUCCUCCACUUGCGAGUGGGGACUUUGCAACUUCUGCGGACAGAAACACAAAUCUCAUGCUUGUCCAAAACUGAAGUCCAUGUCAAGGGAAGAAAUCAUCAAAACCAUUAAAGAUCAGCGGUUAUGUUCUCUAUGCUACGAACCUGGUCAUUCCUCCUCUUCUUGUUGGAGAUCAUCUUGUCCGAUCAACAACUGUGGCGGCCUCCACACUGUUUACGUCCACCGGGAUGCUUCUUGGAAAUCCAAUCUCACCUCACCUAACAAUAGCGUUAGAAAGUCUAGUACACCAUUUCACGUGAACAACAUCUCGCCUCCACCUGCCCAGCAACCUACCAACACUUUCAAACCGAAAACCAUGGCAAUCUGUAAAUCUGUCAUGACUUUCCUUAUUACACCUUCUGGAGAACGCCUUCUCGUCCGAGUCAUUCUUGACUCUUGGUCGGAGAUUCCUCUCAUUCGAAGGAGCGUGGCCAACUUUGCCGGCCUAGACGGUUCCCCAACCUCUUUAACGAUGAUGACCUCUGGAAAACAAAUUACACAAUUCGACCAUCAGCGUGAGGUCUCUUUCUCCCUUGAGAAUCUGGAUGGAUCUUAUCGCACCCCUUCUAUCACUGCUUGCACGGUUCCUGAGAUCACGGUACCAAUUCGGAAAAUCAACUUCAACCCUUGUUCCUACGAUCAUCUUAAGGGCAUUCAAUUCACGGAACCUUUCCCCUCUGAGGGAAACUUGGUUCCGGAUAUCAUGAUAGGAGAACCUUUAUACUCUCAUCUGCUCGUUGGUUCCCCAAUCAUGGGACGUUUGAAUGAACCUGGAGCUCAGCAGACCCUUCUGGGGUUUGCGCUUGUGGGAUCGCUACCAUCUGAUGAGUGUAAGACCAUUCAUACUUCGGCUUUCACCUGUUGCAAAACUAAAAUCCCUGAAAGUUGUUCUGACGCACUGGCAAUCUUCUGGUCCAUUGAAUCCCUUGGGUUACCUUCGGAAGCCUCAGAGUCUGAGUUCACUCUUGAACAACAGGAGGCUCUCACCAUGAUGGAAAAUAUCUCUUCUUAUGAUCAUGUAACCAAGAAGUGGACGACCGGUCUUCUGUGGAAAAUAUCGUUCGACAAUUCAUCCAACAUUUACCGAGCGAGGAAGGUCAUGGACUCCGUUCAAAACAAAACUGCCUCUCAAGGGAUUCUGGACCAGGUCCACAAAAGCUACCAAGCUUUCCUCGACAACAACUUUGCAGAAAUUCCUAAGAACCAAUUUUUGCCGUCCGGUUCUCCGCAUUACUAUUUAGAAACACAUCCUGUGUUCCAACCCGGGAAAAUCAGAGUGGUUCACAAUGCUGCAAGCAAGGACUACGUGACAGGAUUGUCCUUAAAUGAUCACCUAUAUUCUGGUCCCAAUCUGAUCCCAGCCAGACCUUGGUCAAGUUCUUCUACGAUUUAG